AUGGCUUCCGGCGCUGCUUCCACCGGCUCGACCAAGGUCGACGCCGUCGUCCAGACCAUCAAGGCUGAGGAGCCCAAGAAGCUCACCGGCUUCGCCCUCUACUCGCGAUUCGCCCUCGCCGGUGCUGCCUGCUGCUCCAUCACCCACGGUGGUCUUACCCCCGUCGAUGUCGUCAAGACUCGUAUCCAGCUCGACCCCGUCACCUACAACCGCGGUCUGGUCGGUGGCUUCCGCCAGGUCGUCCAGAACGAGGGUGCUGGCGCUCUCCUCACCGGUGCCGGCCCCACCUUUGCCGGUUACUUCCUCCAGGGCGCCCUCAAGUUCGGAGGUUACGAGUUCUUCAAGCAGCAGUGGAUCGACCAGCUCGGCUACGAGACUGCCUCCAGAAACCGCACUGCCGUCUACCUCGCCUCCUCCGCCACCGCCGAGUUCUUCGCCGAUAUUGCUCUCUGCCCCCUUGAGGCCACCCGUAUCCGUCUCGUCUCUGAGCCUACCUACGCCAGCGGUCUCAUCUCUGGUUUUGGCAAGAUGCUCAAGAACGAGGGUAUCGGUGCUUUCUACGCUGGUUUCGGUCCCAUCCUCUUCAAGCAGAUCCCCUACACCAUGGCCAAGUUCGUCGUCUACGAGAAGGUUGCCGAGGCUGUCUACCGCCAGUUCCCCAAGAAGGACAUGUCCGACGGCAUGCAGACCGUUGUCAACCUGGGCUCCGGUCUGACCGCCGGUUUCGCCGCCGCUAUUGUCUCUCAGCCCGCCGACACCAUGCUCUCCAAGAUCAACAAGACCAAGGGUCUCCCCGGUGAGGGCACUACCUCUCGUCUCAUCAAGAUCGGCAAGGAGCUCGGUCUCCGUGGCUCUUACACCGGUAUCGGUGCUCGUCUCUUCAUGGUCGGUACUCUCACCGCCGGUCAGUUCGCCAUCUACGGUGACCUGAAGAAGGCCCUCGGUGCCGUCGGUGGUGUCGAGAUCGCUGCUUAA